UCAACUCACGACUCCAGCGCCUCUCUCAGUCGCGUCGUUCUCCUUCUCACCCUUAGAGGCCUCUUCGUUCCGGUGAUAAGGUCGUCAUGUCCGUCGCGACCCUGCUCGCUCGGGGCCGGAGAAUCAUCCUGAGAAAUGGUCCCUCUCUCGCCGCUCUCGCAAGAUGUUACGCCUCUAAGUCGUUUCCUCCUCACACCGUUGUCAGCAUGCCUGCGCUCUCUCCCACUAUGACCCAGGGAAACAUUGGUGCUUGGCAGAAGAAGCCGGGUGAUUCCUUAGGGCCCGGUGAUGUUCUGGUAGAGAUUGAAACCGACAAGGCGCAAAUGGACUUUGAGUUCCAAGAUGAGGGUGUUUUGGCGAAGAUCCUCAGAGAAACCGGUGAAAAGGACAUUGCUGUUGGCACGCCUAUCGCCGUCAUGGUCGAGGAUACCGACUCCGUCGGUGCUUUUGACUCGUUCACGUCUGAGGAUGCUGGCGGCGCAAAGGAGCCGCCCAAGGAGCAGCCCAAGGAGGCCUCCGAGGCUUCCGAACCCCCACAGACUGGUUCUGGUACCGCCCCGCCUGCGGCCGAGUCUAAGCCUACUGCUCAGGAGUCCGACUCGACCGGCGCCAGACUGGAGACCAGCUUGGAGCGUGAGGCCUACGCCACUCCUGCUGCCAAGGCCCUCGCUCUGGAGAAGGGUGUCUCUCUCAAGGCUGUCAAGGGCUCUGGUCCCGGUGGCCGUAUCACCAAGGAGGACAUUGAGAAGUUCAAGCCCGCUGCCUCUCCUGCCGCCGCUGCAGGUGUGCCCACCUACGAGGAUAUCCCCGCCAGCUCCAUGCGCAAGGUCAUCGCCAGCCGUCUCCAGCAGUCGAUGAACCAGAACCCCCACUACUUCGUCUCUGCCUCUAUCUCGGUCUCCAAGCUGUUGAAGCUGCGUGAGGCUCUCAACAGCACCUCUGGUGGCAAGUACAAGCUCUCUGUCAACGACUUCUUGGUCAAGGCUAGCGCCAUCGCCUGCCUCAAGGUUCCCGCUGUCAACUCGAGCUGGCGCGAGGAGGCUGGCCAGACCUUCAUCCGUCAGCACAACACUGUCGAUGUUAGCGUUGCUGUUGCCACCCCCGUCGGCCUCAUGACUCCCAUCGUCAAGAGCGUCGAGGGUCUCGGCCUCGAGAAGAUCUCCAACCAGAUCAAGGAGCUCGGCAAGCGUGCCAGAGAUGGCAAGCUCAAGCCCGAGGAGUACCAGGGCGGUACCUUCACCAUCAGCAACAUGGGCAUGAACCCCGCCGUCGAGCGCUUCACCGCCGUCAUCAACCCCCCGCAGGCCGCUAUCCUUGCCGUCGGCACCCUGAAGAAGGUUGCCGUCCCUGUCGAGACCGAGGAGGGCACCGGUGUUGAGUGGGAUGACCAGAUCGUCAUCACCGGCAGCUUCGACCACAAGGUCGUUGACGGUGCCGUUGGUGGUGAGUGGGUCAAGGAGUUCAAGAAGGUUCUCGAGAACCCGCUUGAGCUCUUGCUCUAGAUUGUUUUUAGAAAGAGGGUCAGGUUGUUUACAAUACUUGU